UUUCUUUACCCCAUACAAUCCUGACCCCAGGCGGCGCAAGCCUGCCUAGCCCAGCAACAUGGCGCAAAUCGACGCGAGCCCUCAGAUCCGAUCUUUACUCGGCGACGCGACCACAUUCGGGCUUUUGCCUUCAGAGCUGCAGAACAUUGGCUGGUGGAAGAGCUCAACAAACUGUCUGGACGCUGUCGCCAAGGUGACCCUUGAUCAGCCGGAGCUUACAGACAGGCUCUUUUCCCAUUUCGAGCCCGUUUUCGCAGAUGUCGCGGCGAGAUGGGUUCGUGGCAGCGUAGCGCAUCAUGUGCUUCAGCUUGAGCGGGUGAUAUCAGCAUUUGCGAGGGUACUGCCGCUCGGCCCUCACCUAUCUGUAUUCCUCGAGAGCUAUCUCCGCGGAACAACCGUGGUACUUGAGCAUGUGGACGACGAAGGACUGCGGCUGGUUUUACAGUGUCAGCACCGUGAUGGCUGUGCCCCGGACUCAUCUGCUAUAUCGGAUCCGGUCUCAUUGCUUCUCUCGGUCUGGAGGCUCAUGAGCUUCGACAAGCAAGCCUACUCUCCCCUUGUUCCUCUGCGUCUCGAAUCGCUUUUUAAGCAUCGGGUUCGCGUGGUCAGGUAUCUGGCCAUACGCAUCUACUGCCAACUCUUCUCGGCCUCGGACUUCACCCUGGAGACACUCAUCCGGGAGCACGUAGGAGAAAACCAGCCUCUGGAGGCCAAGUUCGACGGCCAGGAUGCCGAUUACAUGUUUCUUAGUCUGCUCGAACAUGCGCGAGCAAAGAAACUGCAUCGUCAUCUUGAAUUGGCUGCUUCUGAACAGGCCCUCCACAACGCAACGUCGCCUCCAUUCCCUCCCCAGACCCUCACUUCCUCUGUUGUGUCAUGGGGGAAGGUUCUUAUUCCUCGCCUAGCUAUGGCCGCAGACGUAGCUACUCCUAACAAGCGCUCAUCACUCAUCUCGACACCCACUACCAUAUCUAAUCUCGAGGAGCUGGCAAUGCGUUUGCGGAAGCCAGGCCCUAUUCUUCUACAUGGACUGUCGGGCUCGGGGAAGACAUCACUGAUUCAAGAGGCGGCGGCAGAGCUUGGCAUGGAUCAAAAGAUUGUCGCACUACAUCUGAACGAACAGACCGACGCCAAGAUGCUGAUAGGGCUUUACACGGCCGAUUCCAAGCCGGGAUCAUUCCAGUGGAGGCCAGGCAUCUUGACCACUGCUGUGCAGGAGGGCCGUUGGGUGCUGAUCGAGGACCUUGACCGAGCGCCCACCGAGGUCAUGAGCACGCUGCUCCCACUUAUCGAGCGUGGAGAGCUUCUGGUGCCCAGUCGAGGAGAGACUGAAAAUCUGCCCUUCUUCCUGGGCCACCGCUUCUGGCAGCGCCUAUCAGUCAAGCAGCUUCCGCAGCAAGAGUUACUGCAGGUAGUCAACGGAAGAUUUCCACUCUUGGCCCGGUUCGCCCCCUCGAUCUUAUCUGUCUUCAGCGGACUCACCCACCUGCUCCGCAAUCCCUCUGCGAUGUCAAUAAGCCGCAGCGCCCUGGAGCGUCCCGUAAACGCGAGGGAUCUCUUCAGAUGGUGCCGGCGCCUCGAGCACGUCUUGAUAUCGGCCGGCAGCAGGUCGGGCGGCGAACCAGUCAGCGACACCACGGUCGGCCACAUGUUUAUGGAAGCCGUGGACUGCUUCCUGGGAAGCUUCAAGGACCUGGCUGCCCGGGACCUUCUCGCCCACGCGAUCGGACACGAGAUGCACAUGUCGCCUGAGCGUGUCUCACACAUUCUCCAGGCAUACUCUCCAGCCUUUGAUGACGGCCAGUCCCAACUGGUCGCCGGGCGUGCUGUCCUCACCAAGCCCCGACGGCCCAACCGACUCUUCAGACUGAAGCGUCCUUUUGCGAGCACCUCGCACGCCAAGAGGUUGCUCGAGCAGAUUGCCGUGUCGACAAAGCUCAGGGAGCCAAUCUUGCUGGUCGGCGAGACGGGCAUCGGAAAGACGACUGUGGUACAGCAACUGGCCGACUGCCUCGGGCACAAACUCGUUGCUGUCAACCUCUCACAGCAAAGUGAGGUUGGAGACCUUCUAGGUGGCUUCAAGCCAGUAAACCCGAGGAGCCUUGCGCUACCGCUGAGGGAGGAGUUUGAAGACCUCUUUGCCGCUACGGGCAUCUCUACUGAGCGGAACCAGAAGUAUCUGGGCCAGAUAUCAAAAAAUCUCGCCAAGGGCAAAUGGGCAGAUGUCAGCAAGCUCUGGCGCCAGGCUCCCAAAAUGUUUGACGACAUCAUCAAGGCACUGCGGGAGAAGCAGCGCCAGCAAGGCCUGGAAGCGGCAGAAGUCCAGCCUUCCAAACGACGGAAGACAGGCACUUCCAAGCUGGAUUCGCUGCUGGAGCUGAAACCCCGCUGGGAUAAGUUUUCAGAGAACCUGGAGCAGUUUGACAUACAGAUGUCGGGCGGUUCUGGCGCCUUUGCCUUUGCCUUCAGCGAGGGAAACAUCGUCAAGGCUGUCAGGAAUGGCGAUUGGGUCUUGCUUGACGAGAUCAAUCUUGCGUCCGCUGACACGCUUGAGAGCAUCGCGGACCUCUUGCAGUCGGACCCCACAGAAGCCCCGUCGAUUCUGCUCUCAGAGACUGGCGAGAUCGAGAGGAUCCAGGCGCACCCAGAUUUCCGCAUAUUUGCGGCAAUGAACCCGGCAACCGAUGUUGGCAAACGGGAUCUGCCUCUUGGACUUCGCUCCCGCUUCACUGAGUUCUACGUCAGCAGCCCAGACAGGGACCAGAAAGAUCUGAUCGUAAUAAUCAAGACGUACCUCAAAGGAAACAACAGCACCAUCGACAAGGCCGCCGAUCGCGUUGCUAGUCUCUACAUGGAAAUCAAGAAGCUUGCUGAGGACAAGGCACUGGUCGAUGGCGCAAACGAGGUUCCUCAUUUCAGCCUUCGGACCUUGACGCGAGUCCUUACAUACGUCGACGACGUCGCUCCCGUCUACGGACUGUACCGAUCACUGUUCGAGGGUUUCUGCAUGGGCUUCCUCACUCAUCUUGACCGAAAGUCAGAAAAUCUCGUGCUGCCUCUGAUUACAGAGCGACUUUCCGGACCUGCCUCCAAGUCUCCCAAACGCCCCGAUGACGGCAGACAAUACGUCAAAUUCGUAAGCACGGAAAAGGACCGCCAGUACUGGCUUCUACAAGGCGCCAAGGAGCCCAAGGAGCGCCCAGACUAUAUCCGGACACGAUACGUUGAGCGCAACCUGUUGAACCUUGUCCGCGCAACUUCCACAAGACGUUUCCCUAUCCUGAUCCAGGGGCCGACAUCCGCAGGAAAAACCAGCAUGAUCGAGUACCUCGCAAACUACAGCGGAAACAAGUUCCUGCGGAUCAACAAUCACGAGCACACAGACCUGCAGGAGUAUUUGGGCACAUACGUUUCGGGUCCCGAUGGGAAGCUGGUGUUCCAAGAAGGCAUCCUGGUCCAGGCGAUGCGCCAAGGCUCAUGGGUCGUUCUUGACGAGUUGAACCUGGCGCCCACAGACGUCCUCGAAGCCCUGAACCGCCUUCUCGACGACAACCACGAGCUUCUGAUCCCGGAGACCCAGGAGGUUGUUCGGCCGCAUGAGGACUUUGUUCUCUUCGCGACGCAAAACCCCCCUGGACUCUAUGGUGGUAGGAAGGUGCUUUCUCGCGCGUUUCGUAACCGGUUCCUCGAGCUCCACUUUGACGACAUCCCUGAGGAUGAGCUGGAGGAGAUCCUGCAGAGGAGGUGCCGCGGGACUUCGCCUCCUGAUUGCAGGAGAAUUGUCGCCGUAUACAAGGAGCUUUCGCGCCUCCGGCAGACCAGCAGAGUAUUCGAGCAGAAGGACAGUUUCGCGACACUGCGAGAUCUGUUCAGGUGGGCACUGCGUGACGCCGACAACCGCGAUCAGGUGGCACAGAACGGCUAUAUGCUUCUUGCAGAGCGCGUGCGUAACGAGGAGGAGAGACUUGCUGUGCAGGGCGUGAUUCAAGACGUUUUCAAAGUGCAGAUUGAUCCCAGAGCACUCUACGACCGCCUAUUCUCCGAGGAAGCGAGAAAGUAUGAGCUGCAGCACAACUCUCAGGGCGUCACAUGGACAUGGGCCAUGCGCCGCAUCUUUGUUCUUGUGUCGCAAGCACUUCGAAAGAACGAGCCUGUCAUCCUGGUCGGAGAAACGGGUUGUGGAAAGACAACCGUGUGUCAGCUCCUCGCCGAAGCGACGGGCAAGGAGCUGCACAUUGUAAAUGCUCAUCAGAAUACCGAGACAGGUGACUUGCUGGGUUCCCAGAGACCUGUGCGCAAUCGGGGUGCCAUCACGGACAUGCUGAGGGGAGAUCUUGUUCAUGUCCUCGAGGGCCUCUCGCUUCCGACUGACGGCCCGGUCGAGCAGCUGUUGGAAGCAUACAACGGCCUGCCGUCUGUGGAGCUAGAUCUUAUUCCAGGCGACAUUAGGGAACGGAUUAGGACUAACAAUGCGAGGAGCAAGGCUCUCUUUGAGUGGGCUGAUGGAAGCCUUGUCCAGGCGAUGAAGACUGGGAGCUUCUUCCUCCUAGACGAGAUUUCCCUCGCCGAUGACUCAGUAUUGGAGAGGUUGAACUCGGUACUGGAGCCCCAGCGAACGCUUCUUCUUGCGGAGAAAGGAGUUGAUAUUGAGCUGAUCGAGGCGGCUCGGGGGUUCCAGCUCUUUGCGACAAUGAAUCCCGGAGGCGACUUCGGCAAGAAAGAGCUGUCGCCUGCUCUGAGGAAUCGGUUCACUGAGAUCUGGGUGCCACCACUUGCGGACAAACAAGACGUCCAAGACAUCGUUGUUGCCAAGCUGGACGCCGAGUUCGCGGCACUGGCGAGCCCAAUCGUCGAGUUCUCGCAUUGGUUUGGCCACACAUUACGUGCAUCUUCCGCAACAGCCGUCUCCAUCCGCGAGAUCUUGGUGUGGGUGGCCUUCGCCAACCAAUGCGCCGGUAGGCCUCCUGGUUUUGCUCUGGUCCAUGGAGCUGCGGCAGUUUUCAUCGACACGCUCGGAGCGAACCCCUCUGCCAUAAUCUCUGUCGACUCCAAGAGCAUAGCAGAACAGAAGGAGAUGUGUCUGGCCAAGUUGGUAGAGCUUGUGGGGGAUGUGGCCGCGGUUGAUGCACUCUACAACGCCGAGCCGGGGAUCCGCAUCACGCCAACCAACUUCUCGGCGGGCGACUUCACUAUUCCAACAUGCGGCACUGGCCAUCUGGACAUACAGCGCAGCACAUUCGCCUUCGAAGCGCGGACAACAAAGCUCAACGCGAUGCGAGUCGUCCGGGCCUUACAGAUCAACAAGCCAAUCCUGCUUGAGGGCAACCCUGGCGUGGGCAAGACAACGCUGGUCGGUGCCAUCGCCACAGCUUGCGGAAGGAAUCUCACUCGCAUCAAUCUCUCAGAUCAGACCGAUCUCAUGGAUCUCUUUGGCACAGACGUUCCGGUAGAGGGCGCCGAGGCAGGAAAUUUUGCCUGGCGUGACGCGCCGUUCCUGCAGGCAAUGCAAAAGGGUGAAUGGGUCCUCCUCGACGAGAUGAACCUCGCGUCCCAGUCCGUGCUAGAAGGGCUUAAUGCAUGCCUCGAUCAUAGAGGUGAGGUUUACAUCUCCGAACUCGACCAGGUCUUCAAGCGUCACCCCGACUUCCGCAUCUUCGCUGCUCAGAACCCACACCAGCAAGGCGGCGGCCGCAAGGGGCUCCCCAGUUCAUUCGUCAAUCGUUUCAUUCUGGUCUACGCCGACGUGUUCACAUCCGAGGACCAGAUGGCGAUCGCAUCCAAACGAGCUGAUGGAGUGCCUCGAGAGACAGUUGGACAGCUGAUUGGCUUUAUCACGGCCCUAGAUGACCAGGUUGUGACCAAGAAGCUCUUUGGGUCUCAUGGCUCGCCCUGGGAGUUCAAUCUUCGCGACACCCUCCGGUGGCUUGAGCUGCUCGGCUCUCAUACGUCCUCUCUGGGCCCGAGGAGGCCAGAGGACUUUGUCGACAUGGUAAUUCGCCAGCGCUUCCGCACCCCUUCGGAUAAGGAAGAGGUGACGAAGCUCUUCCGCCAGUUUUUCGGGCGGGAUCCUGAGAGCUACAGUCGCUUCCGCAGCACCAACUCGUUGUUUUCGCGCGUCGGGGCCGGAAUUCUGCGGCGGGACAUCACCUUCAGCCCCCUGAAUCCAUCGGACUCGGACAAUACUGCCUCGCGCCUCGGUGACCUCGAGUCGCUCCUGAUGUGUGUUAGGCAAGACCUUCCUUGCAUCCUCGUCGGUGCUUCAGGCGCUGGCAAAUCACACCUCUUGCAGCGCGCUUCGGCUAUGGCGGGCAAGAACCUCGUCGUCUUCCAUCUUAACGCAGAUGUCGACACCAUGGACCUGGUGGGAGGAUUUGAGCAGGCGGAUUCGAUGAGGGAGGUCAUUGCCAGCCUGGCCAAUCUUUACCGGUGUCUCCGGUCCUACGUCCUGCGGGACCCUAUAAGAACGUCAACACCAGCCUCGGGUUUGCUGCGUCUUCUUGGGGAUAUUCGCGGCAACCGCCAGCCUGGUGGGUUCGGUGUCGCUGCCGUCACGACCGCGAUCCAGCAACUUGCAGCAGAGGUCUCGGCUGGGUCUGAACUUGGCGGUCUUUUGGAGCACUGUUUCAAGCUCCUGCAGCAGCCACUUCAAUUGGAGAAUCCGCGGUUUGAAUGGACUGACGGCGCCAUCGUAAAGGCCGCCCAAACUGGCCAAUGGUUGGUUCUGGACAACGCAAACUUAUGCAGCGCUUCGGUUUUGGACCGCCUCAACUCGCUCCUCGAACGCCCGGGAGGCUUCCUGAGCAUCAAUGAGCACAGCGGACCCAACGGCGAGCCGCGGAUCAUAGUUCCGCACCCCGAAUUUCGAGUCUUCAUGACAAUGGACCCGCGCUACGGCGAGCUGUCCCGGGCGAUGAGGAACCGUUCGGUUGAGAUCUUCUUGGAUGACGCGCCGCCGCAAAUGGAAAGCCACACCCGGUACCUUGGCCACGUCGAAGCUUGUAUGCUCAGGUACCACGAGGUCAUCUCAGCUUCGUGUCUCGCUACGCUAGACGCCGGUGCCCAGGACGCAGCUCUUGUCGCCGCGGACAGUCUCUCCCUCAGCGACCUAUCCUUACUUCCUCGCUUCCACGCAUCAAUGAGCCGGGGCCUACUUAGCCCGACACUUCCGCCACCGAACCUGCUCAAGUACAUGGAUAUUCUGAUCUCAUAUGCCCAGGCACAGGGCUCGCCCGGUCUCGCAUCUGCCCUGGGCACAGCCGUCUUCAACAUGUAUAGUUCCAUCCCGGAUAGCGCGCUUCUGGGCGCCGAAGAGCCGAGCCAGAAGCGCUAUUUCGUGGAAAUGCAGCCAGUCCACCCCCUCCAGGACUCUACUGUCGCGACGCUUUUGGACUGCAAAGUUCCCGGUCUGCCUCAAUGGCUGGCCACCUGCCUCGAGCUGUACACCGAGCUCUGUCUGGCGGAUGAGGCAAUGGCGAGCCAAAUGCGGACAGUCAAUAUCACCAAGCCUUCCUCACUCAACCGGUUCCAGAGAUCUUGCAUUGCAAAGCAGGUUGCUGUUGUGGCCAAGGAUUCGACGGUAUCCGUGUCCGGGUUCCUCUCCUUCAUUGUCGAAGCCGUUAGAGAAUAUCUAGAAACCUCGCUAAAUGGUGCAGACAGUUGGCUGGCAAAGAGACAGGCCUUCCGUCUGAUGAUGCACUAUUGGUGGAGGACAUUUGCUCUUGUCUCGGCCCAAGACUUCGAAGAGGCUACGUUCCAAGCUCAUUUACUGCACGGAACGGAGCUCUUGACGCAGCUCGCCAAUAGGUUCGAGCCUCGGGGGCAAGGUCUCGUCUCCGCCAUCACGGCGAACUUCACAGCAGCCUUCGAACUCGGGUUCAGACUGAGUACAGGCCUCAGUAUGGAAAUCAUGUGGAAAGCCUUCCGCCCCGAGCCCAUUCCCGACCUCGAGAGGUUCACCCAGGUUGUGGAGAUGGAGCGCCUUGCACAGAGGUUCGAUUCCGUCCGCUGGAAAACGAGCGCAACUCCAAGUGGACUGGAUGAAGUCACGUCGAGCCUGGCCAAGGCUUAUUCCCUUAUCCGAUUCUCCACGGCGGACACGCGGGGCCUGCUGGAGGCGGCCGCCAGCGAGAUAUCUGCUCUUGAAUCCAAGACUGAAGGGUCUGAAGGGGUCGCCCCUGUCUUCUCUCACCAGUUUGAGGCUUUACGCAAGAUGGCGGUGCUCCAUGGGUUUUCGGACGGAGAUGAACAGACUCGAGGGGUCUGGAUGGCGCUUUGCGACGCUCCCACAACCUCGUUGAUGCGGUACCAGAGCUCCAGUGGCUCUGCCGAGCAGCUACAAAUGCUAGACCAUCUGCUUUGUCAGGAUUCAAGCGUGCUUCCUUGGACCGGGAGCACUUCGGCCUCGCUCCUGCUAGGGAUGACCAAUAUCAGGUCUGGCACCCUCGCGUCCUUGCGAUCUCUCGAAGUAGAGGCGCCGCUACUGGGUCAAGGACUCGCGGCAACAACCCGAGAAAUAUCAGCAGGCGCAGUCUUGAGGCUCAACAGGAUCCUCUGGGAGCUGGUAGUAACCGCGGUUGUCGCUCAUGGUAACCAUACGAAAGAGGACUUGGCCGUGAUGUACAGCGAUUUUGCGGGGCAUAUUGACAGCAACCUGGAGGUACAGGCGACAGAACCGUGGAUUGCAAAGACGAUCGAGCCUUUCCGGUCGUCUUUCCCGCGGGCGGCAUCUACGGCCGCCGAGGGUAUCAUGAACGACCAUUUCCUUCCAGCAAUCCUUGCCCUCGCAGUAUCCAACAAGACGUUGCAGCCCGGCACCAGCCACACCUUCUCUGCAAUCGCUUGGGUGCAAUUCGCCAUCGGCUGCCUGAAACUCUAUGUCCCAGACAAGGCUUUUGAUCCUCACCUGAGAGUUAAGGUUCAGCGCGAGAGCUACGAGGACCUUCUCCAAUCCCUGCGCCAUAGACUCUCCGCUCUGGUUGGCUUUGACGGGAAGUUUGGCGAUGGUGCCCGUUCUUUGCGGACCACGCUCGUGGCGGAUGAGGUGACGGCUAUGGGCGACGGGCCGCCUGGGGCGCGUCCGAUCUUCAGACUCUCUGGACAGGAGCACUCCAAGAUCCAGGGCGACUUCAAUAAUGUCCUCAACACCAUCGUCAAGCGAGACGUGACCCAGCUGCACUUCAGGAUCCUUUCGGUUGCGGCACCCGAGGAGGCCCUUGAAGGGCUCCAGCUCCUCAAGACCAACGUGGCACAGCUCAUCAGCCGACUUGCUGGGAGUUCUGUUGCAUACCAAGAUCUAACGGUGCCGCUGGUCAGCUUCCUCCGGAGUUUGCAAAUCGGCCUAUCUCUUACGGAGCACUGCGUCGUGGGCCGUCCCGAGGGUGAGCGCAGCGAAAGCGCAUUGCUCGCUGUAACGCCUCUCGUUGGUGGUUCCAUGUGGAAGCCAUCUGCCCACAAUCUUCCCGCGCGAUCUUUGGAGUUCCUUUUAGUGGCCAAGACAUACGCAGCUGUACAAGGUCUCGAGGGCCUGUGCUUGGAGGCGCGGCGGUCCAUCUUCGAAUGCCUCCACUUCCUGUAUGAGGAAUGGGGAAAAAAGCUGGCUGCUGAGCGAAAGGCGGAAGAGGUCAAGAGCAGCCUCUACCGAUUCAGGGGCAGCUUCGAGGAUGAGGAAGAACACGACCAGGCCGAGUUUGACAACCUGUUCCCUGACUACGACACCACUACUGAGACACAGGCGACGGAGAGCCGUGCGCCGGGCAAGCGGCCCGGGAAGGUCCGAGACGUGUCGAUCCAGCUAGCCCAGAUUCACAGAGAGAUAUUCCUCCAGCAAGGCGACGCAGAGAAAAACGUCCGGACACUCUGCAAGGACGCCGGACGCAACGCGGCCAGGCUCGGCAUCGAACCACCCAACUUCGGUAGCCGAGACAAGGCACUUCUCCCCGCUGUCAUCCUAGCGCUCCAAGACGAGCUAGGAAGAGUGCGCUCGCCCACCGCCGCUGCUACAUACAACUUCUACAAGGACCAAAACCUCGCAGAGGCCAGGAAGCUCAUCGAUCUUGUAUAUAAGAUCAUGGAGCGAUUCCGCGAGCUUAGGAAGGUUGACGAGAUCGGCCAUCUGCAGCCCAUUGCCGACGUUAUUGAGGCUUGCACGCGCGUUCUGGAGCUUGGCUAUGCCGAACCUGUGGCCAAGAUGCUUCCUCGUGUGGAGAAGCUUCACGAGUUCAUGUACGAGUGGCAGUUCCGCGGAUAUGCCAGCCGCCAAUACGCAGCCCCUGCGCUCUACGACAGGCUGACCGACACCAUCGUCGGCUGGCGGCGCCUGGAGCUUUCGACAUGGGCCGGACUCUUGGACUCAGAGGUUCGCAUGUGUCAGGAGGAUGCCGACUCGUGGUACUUUGUUGCUUACCAGGCCGUCAUCGCCGGGCCGCUGGCUCUGAUGGAGAAGGGUGUGGAUCUGCGCGCCCACACGCCUGCUCUCCUACAGGAACUGGAACAGUACUUUGCCAACUCAACCAUUGGCGCGUUCGCCAGUCGUCUAAAACUGCUCAGGCAGCUGCAGAAACACCUAGAACUUCUGGCCUCGGACCAUCAGCCUCUCGGAACCAUCAACGAUGGCAUCCGCAACUUCAUUACAUUCUACUCGCGGUUCGAGGUAAAGGCUACCAAAGCAAUGCGGCGUGGCAGGGCGCCGCUUGAAAAGACAAUGCGGGAUGUGCUGCUUCUGGCAAGCUGGAAGGACACCAACGUUGUGGCCCUCAGGGAGAGCUCCCGUAAAUCCCACCUCAAGCUCUUCAGGCUAGUGCGCAAGUUCCGCGCCGUGCUCGGGCAGCCCAUGACGCCUAUCAUUGUCGAUCAGGGCAUUCCUAGCCACAGUCAGCUUAGUAUCAUGCCUUCGGGCACCAUCCACAACACUACCUCGGCCACGGCUUGGGAGGGGGUCUCACAAAGCUGCGAGGAACUCGAGACGAGUAAGGGCAAGGCUGCAGGCGGUAUUAGACUCUCGAGGGCCGGGCAACUUGCAAAGAAGAUGAUCAAACUCGGAGCCGUGCCAGACUCGGCCGUGGCGGCUGUCGACCUGCUGGAGACAUUCCUUUCUGAUACGGCUUCAUCCAUCGCUGAGCUGCGCAAGGACACGCCUGCCUUCCUCAACGACGAGACUAAAGACCGGGCGAAGCACCUCAAGCUCAUGAAAGCCAAGCUCUUCAGCGAUACUGUCAAAUCGAUCCGCCAGAUGGGUUUUAGCUCCAACCUCAGUCAGGACCGACUCUCGCGGCAGAACUCUACAGCAACCAUUCUUGCAGGGACCCGGCCGCUCGACGACAUGGGGUCGCACAGGGCCUUUGCAGAGUACCAACUCGACAGGCUAGUCGACGUUGCGCCGAAAUGGAGGCAGGCAGUCCACGACCACCACGCAGAUUUGGACCAUGAGACGACCCGCAGGAGCGCCGGCUAUCUUGAGGGCAUCCUUUUUGUCGCUCGGCAGCAACGGGAUAUCAUCGGGGACGGGAGCCGAGCCAUGUCCCAUCUUGCGGGCUCGCUCGACAUGAUAAAGAGCAUUACCAAGCUCGCCUCCACCCGGGGCCAGAAAGCCGAAGCGUUGCUCUCCACCCAGGGACAGCAAGCUACCGACCUCGGUCACGUCCUCGAGUGGCUUGUGCAGGUGCUAAAGCUUGCACUUGAUGUGAUUGGUGCACACGCUGCUCUGGGGAAGCUCGACAACAAGCCUGUGCAAGAGUCCCUCCAGGCGUGGGCAACUAAGUCUGCCUCGCUUCUUGUCUGCAUUCGCUCUCUUCCGAAGCUGCCGGUCGGUCUUUGCCCCCAGGACGCAGUGAGCAUUUACGACCAAGCGCGCGAUCUGCUGAGGGCCCUCCAGUCAGAUCUGAGCGACAUUUCCCGGCAGCGGCCAGACCUGUCGUUUGUGCUGGAUCAAAUAUUGCUGUGGACAGUGGUGCAAGAGCCGACUGCUGGCGCACACCCUGUGACAGAGUCGUCAUCGCUGGCCACGUCAGAUCUCUACGACGAAGUCGUGACCGUUGUCCGCAAAGUCCUCAGUGCCACCCAAAACGUUUCUCGAAACAUGGCAGCCUUGCCUUCGUCGAUAGACACGGCUUCGUGGCUGGUGGAGUACAGCAAUGGGCUAUCUACGUCCCUGAGAUCUCUGCAUGUCGCCACAGUGGCAACCACGGUCGACGAGUGCCUCCGCAUACUCAAGAGGCUCAAUCUUGAGGACAAGUCUGAGAACCUGGCAGCGACAACCAUCCUGGCGGCGGCCCUGCCCAUCUUUGAGAGCUACUCGACGGUGUGUCGCGAGGUUUUUACGCAGCUAACCCGACUGCACUUGUCAGUUUGCAGAAUGGGACACCAACUCGGAAGGUCUUUCUUGGACGUGGCGUCGCAUGGCUUCUGCAUGCCUCAAGAAAAGUCGGAAGAGACCUCGGGCGACAAGGGCAAGAUGGAAGGUGGAACUGGUCUUGGGGACGGCGAUGGUGCCGAGAACAUCAGCAAAGACAUCGGAGAGGACGAGGACCUAACGGAGCUGGCCCAAGAACCAAACCAGCAGCAGGACAAGGACGACAUGGAUGACGAUGAGGACGCGAUCGACAUGGGGAUGGAUGAACUGGAGGGAGACCUCGGCAGCGUCAAUGGAGGUGACGACAAGGAGAGCGGUGCGGAAUCAGGAGAUGAAGACGGCGAUGACGAGAUGGAUGAGCAGGCGGGCGACGUGGACGACCUAGAUCCCACGGCCGUCGACGAAAAGAUGUGGAAUGACGAGAGCGAGGAGGCCGACAAGGAUCAGGAGGGAGACGCAGCCAAGGGGAAGGAGCAAAAAGAGAAGGAGAUGAGCGCGACCGACUCGACAAAGCAAGCGACGGCGGAUGAACAACAAGAGAGUGAAGAGGCUGUAGACACGGAGGCAGGCGAGGAGAUGGGGCCGGAGGAGGAACAGGCCAAGGCGCAAGAGGAGCUUAACCGCCAAGACCAGAACGUCCAGGAGGCCGAGACUCUGGCUCUUCCCGAUGAGAUGGACCUCGACCUAGGAGAUGACGAUGAAGGCGACAGCGCGGCUGGAUCUGACGACGAUGGCCUCGAGGACGCUGCCGAUAUUGACAAGCCUGAAGAGCAGCAUGGGGCCGAUGUCGAGUCCGAUUCCGAGAGCGUCACGGAGCAAGACGGCAAGCCCCAGGGGGUGGAAGACGACGGGGAAGCUGAGGUCCAGGAUGAUGGCGAGGACGAGGUUCAGGACGAUGUCGAGGUCUCGGGCGCCGAAGAUGGGAUGGUGGACAAUGGCGGCGACGAGGAGACGGCGGAGGCCGAUGAUGGGCAGGAUGAGAAGGAGUCGGAGAAGACGGAACAAAAGGAGCAGAUGCAGGCAAAUGACCACACAGCCGACAAAAGCGCCACCAGCCAGCCAGCGAGUGGUGGUGGGCAGGACCAGGCCGGCGGCCAAGAGCAGGAGAGCAGAGACGAUAUGGCCGACGAGUCGGGCCAGCGAGAGCAGGGCGAUAUCAGCGAGACGGGCGCCGAGAAAGACGCGGCGGCAAGCAGCAGGGGGACGGCAGCCAUGCGAGACGACAUGCAAGACGCGCCUCAGCCCGACGGCGAGCAGGAUCCCAGCCAGUCGUCGGGACCCGAAGCGGCCCCGCCGUUCAAGAAGCUAGGAGACCUCCUGGAGAAGUGGUACCGCAACAACAAGGACAUCAGCCAGGCCCCCAAAGACAAACAAGGCAGUGCCGACCAGCAGCAGCAGAAGCGCGACCAGGAGGUCGUGCCAGACGAGUUCCAACAUCUACAAGACGAGAACGCGCCGGCCGACACGCAGGCUCUGGGCGCGGCGACUGACGAGGAGGCCCGUCCGGUCGACGACUCUAUGGCAAUAGAUGACGCUGUCGACGAUGCGGGCAAGGACAAGCCGCAGUUGCUGCUCGACGAUGCUGAGGACGACGGCGAGGACGACAAGAUGCGAGAAUCAUCGCCUGCAGCAGAGGGUGAGCAGGACGGCGCCGACGAAGGCGAGGGCAAGCGGGGAGGCAAAGGGGAGCGUGACCAAGGGCGAACCGGAGUCUCGACCAAGCAGGGGGCGUUCGAUAAAGACGAAGCCGACGCCAAGCAGCACGACGUCGAUGGGGCCAACGAGGACGGGUCCGACAAGGAAGACGCCGAGGUCAAGGAGACUUCGACGCAGCUGUCGAGCACGCACAUCAGCGGCAGCGAGGAGGCGGGGCGGGAGCACCGCGAGCUCGGGCAGUGCGUCUCGUGGUGGAGCGGGCUGCAGGCGCGGACGCACGCCAUGUCGCUGUCGCUGACGUCGCAGCUGCGGCUGAUCCUGGCGCCGUCGCAGGCCACCAAGCUCUCGGGCUCGCACCGCACGGGCAAGCGGCUCAACAUCAAGAAGAUCAUCCCCUACAUCGCGUCGGGCUACAAGCGCGACAAGAUCUGGAUGCGCCGCAGCGUGCCCACCAAGCGCUCAUACCAGAUCCUGCUCUGCGUCGACGACAGCCUAAGCAUGGGCGGCGGCAGCGGCGGCGGCGGCCCCGGCGCCCUCGCGCUCGAGGCGCUCGUCAUGGUCUCGCGGGCGCUGACGAUGCUCGAGGUCGGCCAGGUGGGCGUGCUCGGGUUCGGGUCCGACGUGUUUGUGGCGCACGAGCUGUCGGAGCCCCUGGCUACCGUCGAGGCCGGCGCGCGCGUGCUGCAGCGCUUCGGCUUCGGCCAGGACCGCACCGACGUGGCGCUGCUGAUGCGGCGCGUCAUCGACCACUUUGCCGAGGCGCGCCUCGGCGCGUUGUCGUCGUCGUCAUCGCAGCACCAAGACCUCUGGCAGCUGGCGCUCAUCAUGUCGGACGGCCUGACGCCGUCGUCGAGCCACGACCGCAUCCGCCGCCUACUACGCGAGGCCAUGGAGCAGCGCAUCAUGCCCGUCUUUAUCGUCAUGGACGACCACGCCGGCGGCGGCGGCGGUCCCGGCAGCAGCAAGGGCGGCGACAGCGUGCUCGACCUCAAGGAGGCCAGGUUCGUCAAGGACGAGGCCGGCAACAGCCGCGUCGUGCUCGAGCGCUACCUCGAUACCUUCCCCUUCCCCUACUACCUCAUCGUCCACCACCUCGAGGACCUUCCGAACGCCCUCGCCGGCCUGCUGCGCACCUGGUUCGCCGAGGUGAACUCUUGAGACCCUUGGAGCUGGUUUUUUGUUCCCUUUUUUUUCUUUUUUUCCUCGUCACAUGUUCAUGUUUAGCUUUUCUUUCUUUGUACUUGGACUGGGACGCGGAGUUUAUGGACACAAAAAGUACUUUGGCUUCGAGAUCGGUGUUUUGCCUUGUUCUAUUUUUCCCUGGUGCUACGCGUAACCUGUCAUCGUUUUUAUGCGCCCGGAUAGGUUAGAUGUUGCUUAUUUUCACUUGAACAAACGUAUUUCUUCUCGGG